AUGGAUCUGACUCCUCGUGGCAUACCAGCACCCAGAGGAAAUCGUGGCAAAUCUUCCUUGUUGCCAAGAAAUUCAUUCCGUGGUGGUCCUCACAAUAACUUUUUUCCUCCACCUCUUCAUGUCAAUUCUCAAGGACCGCCUAUACCUGCGAGAGGACCUAGAGACCCUUCACUUGCAGGUGUUCCUCCGAUGCUUGGACCACCAGGGAACUUGGAUUCAAUUCCUGGAAGAACAAAUUUUGGCAGAGGAGACCGUUUGUCCAUGGGUAUUCCUGAAAGAGGACCUUUAAGAAACAGGGAUUUUGCACCAUCUCCACCACGUGAAAUGAGGAGAGAUUAUAGAAAUGAGAGCCACGACUAUGAAAGAAGUGGCCUCUUGCCUCAUGAUUAUGACUCCUACAGAAAUUAUGGUCCACAUGAUUUUUCUGGCCCACCAUCUGGUAACUAUUCCUUUUAUGGACCAUCUUCUACAAAUGCCCAUUUCAACUUUAUGCCUGAUCAAAAGAUGCAAGCUGAUGAACCAGGGGGCUAUGCUAUUCCAUUUCAUGCUGCUAAUAAUGCUACUGAUCUCUAUCCCAGCCCUAACCCGCAAAUUCCAUAUAACAUGCCUGUGAAUAAAUUACCUACUAAGCGCAAAGCACAAGCACAGCCUUUCUCUUGCAAUGUGUGCAAUGUUAAUUUCAACUCUGAACAGCAGGCUUCUCAGCACUUCAAUAGUGUUCGUCAUGUGAAGAAGAUGCGGUUGAUGGAGCCAGGUAAUCAAAUAAAGGAAAAUAAAGAAGGCGACUUACUUGAUGCAGCAGGUGAAAAACAUGGUUUAAGCAAGAAACAAGUGUUCACCUGUGAAUGCUGUAAGAUUACUGUAAAUUCCUUGCACCAGCUGGAUGCUCACAAAAGUGGUAGCAAACACCAGGCCAAACUAACACAAAUGGAAACAUCCAAUGAAAUGGAAACAGAAGAUGAUCCUGUUGGUGGAAGUGACAAUACUUCACAAAAUGCUGUAUCUUUUGAUAAGAAAAGCGUCUUUUCUUGCGUCUACUGUAAUAUUUCUGUGAAUUCUCUUCAACAACUAGAUGCCCAUAAGAGUGGCCAGAAACACCAGUCAAAAAUGCAGCAGAUGGAUCCAGACAAGCAAAUGGAAAUGGAUGAAGAUCCAAUUGAAAGUGAUGUUAAUAAUUUACCACUUCCUCCUUCUUCUUUUGAUAAGAAAACUGUCUUCACUUGUGAAUACUGUAAGAUUACGGUGAAUUCCCUGCAUCAGUUAGAAGCUCAUAAGAAUGGUAACAAACACCAGUCGAAGGUGUCACAGAUGGAACCAGGUAUGCAGAUGGAAAAUAAAGAUUCAGUUAUGAAUGUCUCCAACAAUAUGGCACUUCCUUCUUCUUUUGAUAAGAAAGGUGUUUUCACUUGUGAAUGCUGCAAUGUUACUGUGAAUUCUCUUCAACAGUUGGAAGCCCAUAAAAGUGGCCAGAAACAUCAGUCAAAGCUGCUGCAGAUGGAUCCUGACAAGCAGAUGGAAACCAAUUUUGUUACUGCUAUUAAUAAUUUAAAACUACCUGUAUCUUCAGAGAAGAAACAAAGCUUUACUUGUGUCUACUGUAAUAUUUCUGUGAAUUCAUUACAGCAGCUGGAAGCUCAUAUGAGUGGCAACAAACACCAGGCCAAGUUGCAAAAGGCACAGGAAGAGAACUAA